AUGGAACAAUUCCCUAUACUCAGCCUCCCCCCUGAGGUCCAGGGGUUAGUCGUUAAACUCGUGGCACAUAACUCCUUCGAAGAUCUUUUCAGACUCCGCGCUACUUGCAAGGCUAUGCGUUUGUUGGCAGACAAUGAAGACGUUUACGCUUCGUUCGAUUUGUUUAAAUACUCGUGGAGACUUAACGGGUUUAGGCUCCGUUACCUAUUGAGAAGAUGCUAUGCUCAGGGAAACCCAAGUACACUUUACAUCAAGGGCGUUGAGUAUUUUUACAGGCGAAAUAUGUACGUUGAGGGUCUUGAUUUGAUGAAGAGAGCAGCCGAUGCUGGAUUCGAGCGAGCCUCGUAUACCUACGCCAUGACAAGCAAAUUAUGGGAUGAUGAUGGCAACGAGCGUUGUAUACCUAUGCAAUGA